AUACUUCAAUUUUCAUGAUAAAUACUUAGUAGUUAUUUAUUGCCUAGUGUAGCUAAUUGCUUUUUCUCAGUAAUUAGGUGCUUCGUGCCAUUCAUGGUACCAGGAUCAAGACGUUCAUUUUCAAUUCUCAUGGUGACGAUGGGAAAACUGCCACCCUCCUAGUGCUCUUCACCCAGCUAUGAGCGCCUCUGGGGCCGGCACCAGUGGUGGUUGCAGCAGCGGCGGGGUGACCCUGCGCUGCCAGCGCCACCUGGAUGCCCGCUGGCAGCAGCUAGACAUACAGGAGGUGUUCAGUCGUGACGGCCUCUGUCGGCUCUGGAAUCAGAUGCUGACAGAUGGGGAGCUGACUGGCGCCUUCACCGAUGGCGUGAUCAACUCGGCUGGAGCUGUCGCCAGGAGAGGCGAGAGCGGCCACUUCUACUGCGGCACUCGCUCCUUGACGUGCCCGUGCUGCGACGGGCUGUGCGGCCCAGGUUACGGCUGCAACUGCGGCCCCUGCCGCCAGCUGGACGCCGAGCUCGGAGCGGAGGGAACGGAGAGUGACGAGCCGGCCUUAUCAUCACGUGCUCAGCUGCAGCCAUGGCAGUGGUCGGACUCGCCCUCCGCCGAGCAGCUGGCCGCCUGCCUGCGCACCCUGCAGCGCGAGCAGAUGGCCGCGGCCGCGCAGGCCAGCCUCAGCUGUCUGUCGGCGCUGCGCAUACGUCAGCGCGUGGCCGUGGCGCGUCGCUACUUCACGGCGCUGACGCCGCAGCCGCCGGCCGACGCGUCCGACACCGGAGCGCGCACCGCCGCCGCCGCGGUGGUGGCCGGUGGCCGCGGCGCCUCCGGCCGCGGUGAGCCGCCCUCCCACAGCCUGGCCCGGGUCGGCUCACGCGCCGCCAUGGGGUUCGCCAUCGCGUUCCUGCGCCGCGCCUGGCGAUCUGGGGAGGAUACCGACAUCUGCUCCGACCUGCUCAAGGAGUCUCUGGAAACGCUGCGUUACCUGCCCGAGGGAAAUCUGUUCGAUGAGGACCAGGUGUCGCCCGUCUGGCUGGAGGUGGUCGAAAAGGCCAGCCGCUUCCUGCGCUCCGUCGUACUCGGUGAGGUGGGCGGCGUGCCGACCUCGGACCGUCACCUGGCUCUGUCGCUGCUCCUGGAGCUGGCCGUGCAGCGGGCGGGGCUGAGCCACCUGCUCAGCGUGCUGCUGCUCGUGCUGCAGAUCUGGCACGCCGCCGGACACACGGCAGCCGAUAACAGAACGCGGCGUCACGGCAGCUCCGCGCCGCUGCUGCCGCUGCUGCACCGACUGAGGGCGGUCGCCGCCGGAUCGGGCGGGACAGCCACCUCACCGGGUGGACACAUGGAGCUCACCGCGGGACCGAUGUCCCCAACGGAGGUAUUUCUGCGUCUGCUCGACCUGCCCGAGGACCCGGAGAUAUACGUGGACCUCCGUCAGGUGGCCGUAGUCACCCUCUGCCUCCUCGACCGGCUCGCCACGCCGCUCCAGCCCGACAGCGCCGCCGAAAAGGACUCUGGCCGCCAGGAGCUGCUGUGUAUUGGCUGUGGCGACGGGGGCACACCCGUCUCACCAUCCGGCAGUCCCGGCUCGGCUACCAGCGGCGCCGUGACGGUGGAAGGACUGGGGGAACAGCGGCUCCGUCAGAUGGCCUGCGGGGAACAGGCGGCGCUGGUUCUCACCCAGUCCGGGGCCGUCUAUAUGGUCCAGUACUCCAACAGAGACAAACAGACCCUGACGCCAGUAACCGGGCUCUCUGAGAAGGAAGUGGUAUAUGUGUCGGCCCACCCGGAGGGACAGCACUAUAUGGUGGUCACCGCAGAUGGACAGCUGUUCUCGUGGGGUAGCGGCGACGGCGGCCGGCUGGGCCACGGAGACUGUCAGAGUCACGACUCACCCGUCCUGGUGGCGGCACUGGCCGGAAAACACGUGACCACCGCCAGCUGCGGAUCCACCUACAGUGCGGCGCUGACCAGCUGCGGCGAACUGUACACCUGGGGCCGCGGUAACUACGGACGACUGGGACACGGAAACUUCGAGGACUGCCACCUGCCCACACUGGUGCAGGCGCUCAAAGGUCAGCGAGUGGUGGACGUGUGCUGCGGCUCCGGCGACGCUCAAACAGUAGCCGUCACUGACGCCGGACUGGUCUAUACCUGGGGUGACGGCGACUACGGAAAACUCGGCCGCGGCGGCAGCGAGGGCUCGCGCGUGCCGCAGCUGGUGGAGCGGCUGCAGGAGGUGCGCGUAGUGCGGGCCGUCAGUGGCGCCCAGUUCACCGCCGCGCUCACUGACACCGGGGCCGUCUACACCUGGGGCAAGGGGGACACGUUCCGACUGGGCCACGGCACCGAGGAGCACGCCCGCUACCCGCUCAAAGUCGAGGCGCUGGCAGGCCGUAAGGUGCGCCAGCUCUCGGUGGGCGUCACCACGUGUCUGGCGCUGACAGAGGAGGGCGAGGCGCUGGCCUGGGGCCGCGGCGUGGCCGGCCGUCCGGCCGUGCUGCCCGCGCCGACACCGCUCCCCGAGCUGCAGGGCCGGGCCGUGCUCGGAGUCUGCUGCGGACCCGCUCAGGUGUUCGCCUGGUCGCUGGGCUCGGAGAGUAAGGUGCCACGCCGCGUUCCAUUCGUGGUGGACGUCUCCGAGAGCACGUUUGUCUACCUGGACCGUAUGAUGGAGCGGGCGUCUCCGUCGGCCGCCGCCGCCGCCCGGCCGCCCUCUCAGGAGGACGAGUGUACGAUGGUGGCCGCGCUGAGACUGCUCACACUGCAGCUGCACGUGGCCAUCACCCACUCGGUGCCGCUGUCGGAGCUGGGUCUCUCGGCCGGCUCCCGGCUGCUGGCCUCGCUCCGGUGCCGGGUGGUGGACCUGGCCAGUGGCUCCGGGGUGCUGCCGGCCGUCCAGGCGGCCGCCCAGGGCACGCUGAAGGUCGGCUGGAGCGCCCUGCUGCCCACCGCAGAGGAACGCGCCAAGACGCUGUCCACGCUGCUGCCGCACGCAGGCUGUGAGGUGGGCUCCCCCAGUCCGGGUCGGUUGUUCAUGACAGACCUGCUGGUCUCCUCACUGAUGGCGGAUGGAGGGCUGGAGACGGCGCUCAGGGCCGCCGUCAAAGUUGAAGUCCAGGACCUGGAGGAGGGUGGCGAGAAGGAGGUGCUGCUGUCGCAGAUGAUGACCGAGCAGGCGCAGCUGGAGGCCGAGACCAAGCGGUCGCAGGGAGCCGGCGGCGAGAAGCCGCCCAUCCCGCUGCUGCACUUGGUCAAACAGCUGCUCAGGAACAUCUCGUCUCAGACGCUGUACCGUCUGCAGACCCUGACGGCCUCCACGGCCUCCGCUGAGUCUCCCACCCUGUCCCAGUCUACCCCGGACCUGCCGCCGCCUCCGCCGCCGCCGACUACCGGCGUCCCGUCCGCCGGCUCCCAGACCAGUGGGCCGCGCCGCUCAGCCUCCCUGGACCUGCUGGUACGCUUCCAGCGGCUACUACUGGCCGAGCUACACCACCUGGGCGACCCGGCGCCGGGAGAUGAGAAACGCGAGCGUCACGACCGCGGCGCCGGCUCGCUGUUGGCGAAGUAUGUCCAGCUGCUAUUGGUGUUUGUGAACGACACACUAUCGGUGGCGUGCGGCGUGGCGGCCGGCGGCGCCAAGCUGUUCGCCCUGGCGGCGGCCGCUCUCAGAGAGGACGUGGUCGGGGUGCUGGUCCCAGAGCUGGUGCUCUGUCUGCUGAUGCUACAGCAGCGCAGCCCGGCACUGCGUCGGCCGAACCUGUUCGCGCCGCUACUGCCGCUCCUAGACACACUGGAUAGGUUCAACCGACUGGCACCGGGUGCUGAGAGAGAGGACGCAGAGGACCUCGCCUGGCCGGGCAUCAUCGGCGCCUCCCACUCGACACACUCGGUGCGCUCCAACGAAGAGGUACCCGUGAUCCGACGGGCGGAUGUCGAGAAUCAUAACCGCGACGGCGGCCUCUGGCUGGUCAUCGCCGGGAAGGUGUACGAUGUGCACGACUUUAAAGCGGAAGCGCCGUGCGGUGCCGAGCUGCUGCAACGUUCGGCCGGUAAGGACGCCACCAAGGCGUUCGAGGCGGCACAGCACUCACCUCAGGCGCUGGAGCUGCUGAAAGGUCUGCUGGUGGGGCCGCUGUUAGAUCCGGACGGCGACCCGCCGGCGGCGGCGGCAGCGGUGCUGGGCGCGGACAUCGGCUCCCUCUCCUCACCUCUGGUGGACACGGAGCGCUCCCUGUCGCUGCUGCUGGGACUCCAGGCGGCGGCGCUAUACCGCGGCACGCCGCCUCAGCCGGCCGAGCUGCAGGCGGCGCCCGUACUCGAGACAGGCGUGUUUGACGGCGGACUGGAGCGGGGAGUGUGCCAGGGUUCUGAGGACGUAGACAAAGACCGAGAGACGAGCAACUCGCCCUUCAAGGCGCACAUGAACUCUGAGACCAUGGAAGACACGGUCAAACUCAUCAUAGCGUUCGCGGAGGACCCUGAGGAGGAGGGCGGUCGCCGUCUGGGCGCCGCCGUGUCGCGCCACUGCCAGCAGCGUCACCUGCAGAUGCCGCUGCUGGUCGAGGCCGAUCACCCUGUGGAGCAGGUGGGGCGGCUGCUGUUGGCCGCCGUCCUCCGGCAGACCGGCCUGCACCGGCGGCUGACGGCCUUCGUCAACGGCGGGGCAGACAUGGAGUCGCUGCCGCCGCUACCAGAGCCGAUACCGGAGCUACUGCGGGUGGUACACCGCACCAAACUGUCCCUGAUCCGCACCAGACAGCAGCUCGACUCCAGCUACAAGGAGGUGUGCGCCGAGCCGAUCGACAAGUGUCGGUUUCUGCUGUACAAGGUGCGGCCGCUGCCCGGUUUGGGCCGCACCUCCUCCGGACACCGACUCCUGCUGCGAGUGGAGAGCCGCUGGCGAGCCGCUUGUCGUCAGAUCCUGCAGUCCCGGGCCGGGACGCUGCACGUCAAACCAGAGGACAUUCUCAAUGAGAGCAUACAAUCCCAGGACGCCCUGGCGGCGGCGGUCGGCUCGCUGAAAGAGGAACCUCUUGAAGAGGGCGAGGCAGAGAAGCAGCAAUUGGAGACGACAGAGGAGCCGGCCACGGCGGCCGGUCUCGGUCCCACCGUGUCUCCACCCCCAGGCCCGGCUGUCGAGGACGACCGCUGCUCCUCUGAGGAAGAAGAGGAGGAACAAUCUGAGAAACUGGCCGCCGAGGCGCUGCCCGAGAAACUAGCCGAGCUCGAGGAGAGACUGGAGAAGUAUGAAGAUGAGGACCGUUCAGAGAAACUGGACAUCGGAGAUGGAUGUAAGAAGGUGACCGAUUUUGACCGACCCAACAAACUGGAAGAAGAUGCCCUCUCCGAGAAGCUAGUCGACGACGAGAGAUCUGAGAAGACUGAGGACGGAGACGAAGACGAGAAGGUGAUGGAAAAGUCGGCACCGCCGGCCGUGCUGAGUGAGCAGCAGCGGCGGAGAAGGAAGCGCUCUCCGGCGGCCGGCGGCGCGCCUGACAACCGGCGCAGCUGGCCGACCGACACGGCGCUGAGGCUGGCGCCGCUGCCGCCGCCGCCGGCCGCCGAGCAGGGUCCUGAGACAGCGGCGGAGACGGGCGACGGACGGCGGGAUCAGCUGGAGAAGCUCGCUCUGAAACUGGAGGUGACUGUGGACGACGGCGAGACCACCACGCCGCCGGUGGAUACCGCCAAGAAGCACGCGUACAUUCCGCAGUGGAGCGACUCGUGUUCCCCGUCGGACUCUGCCGCCCUGGAGGUGGCCGCCCGUAUCGCCAGUUUCGUCACCCAGUCGGCGGUGGAUGCGGGCGCGGUACAGCGCGCGCUGCUCUGUCAGACAGAGCGGGCUGGACUGCGGCUGCGUGGACUGCAGACCGUCCAGGGACUGCUGGCUAAAACACACCUGCUGCCCUCCGCGCGGCUCCAUCUGCUGAUGGGCUGGAUCGGACUGGGGCCCACGCUGAAACCUGACUACAGCCCCCCGCCGUGCUGUCUGGACGGCGUGCAGCUGGUGCGGCCGUACGAGCGCUCCCAGCUGCUGGUGCAGCACGGCCGGCUGACCGCGCUGGCCGCUCAGCAGCUGCGGCAGCUGGCGGCAGCUGCCGAUCUGCAGUUCCGCGGCCGCGGCUGCAAGUCAUCCCGACUGAAGGAGAAUCUGAACCACAUGGAUCAGAAUGGACUGUCGACGCUGCCGGCCGCCAGGUUCCUGCUGCCGCUGCUGGUGGUACUCAGCGGCGACCACGGGCCGGACGUCUCUGCCCUCCUGCUGCGCUCCGGGCUCCUAUCCACCGUACAAACCCUGCUCCGGCUGCUCGGACCCGACCCGGCCGGCCCGCCCGACCAGCCCGUCUCGGUGCCGGCGGUACUGGAAGAGGCCGUGGAGCGGCAGCCCACACCGCAGUACCAGCUCUCCGGGCCCGAGAUGGCGGCGCUCAUGAAGAUUGGAACCCGUGUGGUGCGCGGAGAGGACUGGAAGUGGGGAGAUCAGGACGGCGCUCCGUCCGGCGCCCCGUCCGGCGAGGGCGUGGUGAUCGGGGAGCUCGGGGAGGACGGCUGGAUCCGCGUCCAGUGGGACAACGGCUCCACCAACUCGUACCGCAUGGGCAAGGAGGGACGCUACGACCUCAAGCUGGCCGACGUGCCGCAGCCCGUGUCCUCGGACGAUGAGGAUGAUGACGAUGAUCUCACUGCCACGGAGGCGCCCUCGGAGAGUCGCCAGCCGACGGCUCUGUUCCGUCAGGGCUGCCAGCGGCUGCUGCAGGCGCACACCCUGGCACUGGGACUACACGGGGAGACGGCCGACCAGGCGGCAGUGCAUCGUCUCACCGCGCUGCUCAGGGACAUCGUCACGCACGGCCGCCUGGAGCCGGUGUCGCCUCUCCAGGAGCCAGAGGCGUGUCUGCACGCCCAGCACCGCAGCUGGGCCACGCUGCCGCUGCUGCGGGCCGCCGCCGCCAGCAGCUCGGCCGUGCGCCGCGCGCUCUGCCGACCCGCCUGGACCUCGCUGCUGCUCGACAGGAUCGAGCCGCACGUGCCGGUGGCCACGCAGCUGCAGUGCGUGCUGCUGCUGUCGUCGAGUCUGUCGGCCUGCGAGGACCCGGCUCAGAUGCGCGCUCUGCUCCACCGACUCCUCACCAGACUGGGAGACACCAUGCUGACCGGGGCCAACGAGGCCAAAGUGGCACACAACGGAGACGGCGUGACCCGGUGGCGGGGCCACCACUCUCUGACGGCCUCCCUCACCUCCACUGUGGCCGAGGCCGUGGUGGCGCUGGUCCGGCGGCUGCACCAGCUGCCCGCCUGGACCGAGGUGACCAGCCGCUACCUGGCCGACUGCCUGGUCGCCCUGCCGGCGCCGCCGCCGCCCACCGACAACGAGUCUGUCGCUGCUGCGGUGGUCGCUGCCGACUCUCCCUCCGGCCCGGACUCAGUGGGCGACUACCGCCAGUCGGCUCUGCUAGCCGCUCUGGCAGUGCUGGGCGGCGUGGACCCGCGGCCGCGGCUCGGUGGCGCCGUCACCGUCUCCGCCGCGCCCGCCUCGGCCGGCGGAGGGGGCGCGGGAGCCGCGGAUUCACAGGGUGUGGUGGUCCGACUCGGCGUACAGAAGCUGUUUGUGCGACUGAACUCGCCUGGUGGUGCCGGCGAGGUACGGCGACUGGCCGUGGCGGCCGUUACCGCGUGCCAGGCCGUCCCCGCGACCAUAGAGCGGUUCCCCACCUCGGACGACUUCAUCCAGCUGUGGGCCGGCCUCCUGACAUUCGCCAUGGACGCGCCGCUGUCCGGCUGUGACCACAGCAAGUCGCCCAUGCAGGCCGGUGUGAGCCGUGUGGGCGUGCAGCAGCUACAGCAGCAGCUGGCCGCUCUGGCUGCCUGCCGGCAGCUGCAGCAGCGUCAGCAGCUGCUCCGGCGCGUACUCACCAGGGGGCAGCUGCUGCCGCGUCUGACGGCCGUGGCCACCCAGCCGAGCCCCGUCCGGACCGUCUACAGUCGAGAACAGAUCGAGGUGGCUGCGCUGGCGCUCUCCCAGCAGCUGGCCUACGACCUGCACCACGCGCGCGCCGACGUCCGUCUGGACACGCCCGGCUCGGCGGCCGGCGCGCCGCGGGCGUCUCCGCCGCGCCGCAAACGCCGCACCUCGUCCCCGCCACCGAGCGAGAUGGUGCGCCAGCUGGCGGAGAUGGGCUUCGAGCGACGCGCUGUCGAGAAGGCCCUCCAGUGCAUGGAGGGUGAGCCGAGCGCCGAGUCGGUGGUAGCCUGGCUGCUGGAGCGGCAGUCGGCCGGCGGCGCCGCCAGCUCCGACUCCGACUGCAGCUCUGUGUCCUCCGAGGAGAAGCGCGAGGACGGCGAGUUCGAGGACGACGAGGAGGACGAGGAAGAGGACGAGCUGACGGCCAGCAGUCUCUCCGAGUCGGCGGCUGCCGGCGCCACCGGACUGCAGCCGGCCGCGCAGGCCUCUAUCGGCGAGGCAUUCCGGCGCCGACACCAGUUCGCCACGAACGACGACUACGCGCUGUACGUGCGGAGCCACAUCGCCGUAGGCCAGACGGUGCGCUGCUGCCGAUCGUACGAGGAGGUGCACGAGGGCGACGUCGGAACGGUGGUCAAACUGGACAGGGACGGACUGCACGAUCUCAACGUACAGGUGAACUGGCAGCGGAAGGUGGGCAUCUACUGGGUGCGCUACAUCCACGUGGAGCUGCUGGGUGUGACCGGCGUGGCCGCCACCACCACCCAUAUCCGAGUGGGGGACCGGGUGCGCGUCAAACCGUCCGUGCACACGCCCAAGUACAAGUGGGGCUCGGUGACCCACCGCAGCGUCGGAAUAGUCACAGGCAUCAUCAACAACGGGAGGGACGUCACGAUCGACUUUCCGCAGCAGAGUAACUGGACCGGCCUACUGACGGAGAUUGAGCCGGUUCCCACCAGCCACCCGGACGUCAGUUGUGCUGUGUGCGCCGCCGCUCCAAUAGUCGGUCCCCGGUACAUCUGCAAGGUGUGCGACCGCUGGGACCUGUGUGAGGGCUGUUUCCGGACGUCGCGCGGCCACCGGCACGGCUUCAGUCGCGUGCUGGAGCCGGGCGGCGCGCCCGUGUCGGCCGGCCGGCCGGGCCGGUGGCGGCGCGGCGCCGGCGCCGGCGGCCUGCCCGGCUCCCCGGCCGUCGACGGCCUGGUGUCCGAGUUCCGGCGCUGUGUCCGCGGUCUGUCCGUCUCCAGCCUGGAGGGGUGCGCUGACAGACUGGCAGAGGACGUCAGCGGCUUCUGGCAGAGCUGCGGCGCCAGCGGCAAGCACUGGAUCCGUCUGGAGAUGCAGCCCGGGGUGGCCGUCCACCGUCUGCAGCUGCUCUGCUCGCCCGCCGACGGCUCCUACAUGCCCUAUCUGCUGGUGGUGUCUGCCGGCCCGCAGCUGACCGCCCUCAGACAGCUGGCCGUCGUCACCGUGGCCGCCGACGAGACAUGGGUCACACUGCUCUAUGAUGUCACGGAGUACCACCAGUACAUCGAGAUCGCCAUCCGCGAGUGCCGUGACGGCGGUAUCGACUGUCGAGUGCACGCGCUGAGGGUCAUGGGCCGGCAGCUGGGUACUGACGACUCGGCCGGCGCCGGCGGAGGUGUUCACUUUCUGGCCAGCGACGGCGAGGAGGACUCUGAGGCGGGCUACCUGUGCCGCCCGUCCCCCGCGCCGGGCGCCGCGGCCGGACUGCGCAGCCGCGUCUUCGUCUGGGGUCUGAACGACAAGGACCAGCUGGGCGGCCUGAAGGGCUCCAAGAUCAAGCUGCCGGUGCCGUCGGAGGCCCUGAGUCGCCUUCAGCCGGCGCAGAUCGCGGGGGGAAGCAAGUGCACCUUCAUCGUAUCGCAGGACGGCAGGGUUUACGCGUGCGGCGAGGGUAAGAACGGCCGACUGGGGCUGGGUCACUGCAUCAUCACCAGUACGCCGCGGCAGCUGACCUCACUCAGCCAGUACGUGGUGAAGAAGGUGGCCGUCAACUCUGGCGGACGGCACGCGCUCGCCCUCACUGCGGACGGGAAGGUAUUCUCCUGGGGCGAGGGCGACGACGGUAAGCUGGGCCACGGCACGCGCCAGUCGUGCUUCAAGCCGCGCCAGGUGAUGGCUCUACGCUCGCGGCGCGUGCGGGACAUCAGCGCCGGCAGCUCUCACUCGGCGGCCAUUACGAGCUGUGGCCACCUGUACACCUGGGGACUGGGAGAGUACGGUCGGCUGGGCCACGGCGACGGACAGACGCACCUCACGCCCAAACUGGUGGAGGCUCUGGUGGGCCACCGCGUGGUCCAAGUAGCCUGCGGCUCCCGAGACGCCCAGACGCUGGCGCUCACCGACAAGGGGCUGGUCUUCUCCUGGGGAGACGGCGACUUCGGAAAACUCGGCCGCGGCGGCAGCGAGGGCUGCGCCGGUCCCCACAACGUGGAGCGACUGAACGGCCUGGAGGUCUGUCAGGUGGAGUGUGGCGCCCAGUUCAGCCUGGCGCGCACCAGAACCGGGCAGGUGUGGACCUGGGGCAAGGGCGACUACUACCGGCUCGGGCACGGUACGGACCAGCACGUGCGCCGGCCCAGUCAGGUGGAGGCGCUCCGGUCACACAAGGUGGUGCACGUGGGAGUGGGAGCGCUCCACUGCCUGGCCGUCACCGACACCGGACAGGUGUUUGCGUGGGGCGACAACGACCACGGCCAGCAGGGGAACGGCUCCACCCAAGUAAACCGCAAACCGACCCUGGUCCACGACCUGGAGGGAGUGCGCGUGUCGCGCGUCUCGUGCGGCUCGAGCCACAGCGUGGCCUGGACGACACCCGAGCCGAGCGCUCCGGCUCAGCACGAGCCGGUUCUGUUCCCGUCGGGCCGCGACCCGCUGGGUGCCGACACUCUGAGCGCCGCCGCCGGACCCGGCUCGACCCCGACCGCGGCGGUCCGACCGAGCCCGGCCGGCGCCGAGGCGGCCGCGGCGGCGCCGGGAGCGGCCUCCAGAGCCAAGACGCGCCACAUGUCACUGGCCAGGUCACUGCUGCUGAUGGAGUCGCAGGCAGGACAGAAGAUGGCGCUGCAGCGUCUGCUGAAGGCUCUGGCGGUCACCACGGCCCGCGAGACGGUACUGGCCGCCGUCGUGUCCAGCGUCGACCACAUGAAGUCCGAUCACUCGCCGGCCUCGUCGUCUGUCUGCUCGGCGCCGGCGGCGGGCGCCUGGCAGGACUCGUGUGACGAGGACACUCAGUCGGGCUCGGACUCUUCGGCGCCCUCCGUCUCUGCCGGACCGGUAACUCCCGAAGUGGCGGACGGCGGCGGCGAGGCGCCCGUCUCACUCGACGAUACGGUGGACCAGAGUCCCAGCUCGGCGGCCGUCUCCCUGUCUGUCUCCGCCUCCGCUGCUCUCCCCGCCUCUCUGCCCGCCUCUCUGUCCGCCUCUGCCGGAGGCGGGGCCGGCGCGGCGGCGGCGGCCGGCUCCGACUCGGCGUCAGACGAGGUGUCGGCGGACGGCGGCGCGGUCACCGUCUCCAGCCGGAUGUCCCAGGCGGCCAUCACCGUCCUGGCGGCCACGCUGUCGGCACCCGAACAGGUGGAGACUGCUCGCACACCUGAGCUGCGUCUGGACAGCUUCACCUCCCAACUGACGGCGGACGACGCGCGAGGCCUGGUCGACCUGCUGAAACUGGCCGCCGCCGGCCGAGUGCGAGACGACGCGACCGGGGCGCUGGCGCAGCUGCUCAAAGCGAUGGGCCGCAGCCAGCCGGCGGUGAGCGCCAUGCUCCUGGAGACCUGCGUCACUGAACUGGAGGACGUGGCCAGCGGCGGUGGCGGCGCGGCCCGCCUGCCGCCGCCCGUCGUCCAGGAGUCGUCACACCCGUACCUGAGGGACACCAACAUAUCGGGACUGGUCCGAAUACCAGGUGCCGAGUCCCUGUGGGUGGAGUUCGACCCGCAGUGCUGCUCGGAGCGGCGCAGGGACCCGCUCACGCUCACUGACGCCGGCGGCCGGGUACUGGCCGUCCGCUCCGGCCGUGACCCGGCCGACUGGAGCACCGAGCUGCGCGUCUCCGGUAACGAGCUGCGCUGGAAGUUCGUCUCCGAGCUGGGCGGCGGCGGCAACUGGGGCUGGCGCUUCACCGUGCACCCGGUGAUGCCGCACGGCGCGGAGACGGCCGGCGCCGGCGGAUCCGACCGCAGGAUACUGUCGCGGCCCAGCCUCGACCUGGUCAGACACCUACUGGACGUUCGUGCGGCCCGCGAGCCGGGCACCGUGUCCCGUCUGACGGCAGCUCUGGCCGCCUGCGCCCAACUGAGCGCCCUGCAGCCGUCGGCGCGCCGCUGGGCGCUGCAGCAGCUGCGAUACCUCCUCUCCGCCACCGGCCGGCCCGCCACCCCCGGCGCCGACACCGCGCCCUCCGGCCCUCUGUCCGUGCUCGUCCAGGCGCUGCCCGAGGCGCUCUACCGCCAGUUUGAGUACGAAGAGCCGCAGGUGCGCGCCGGGAAGCAGCUGAUGCACAGCGCCUUCUGCAAGGAGCUGGCGGCGCUGGCCUGUGAGCUGGAGUUUGACCGGCUGCCGGCCAUCGCCGAGAGCCACCGCUGGAGCUGGUUCAGGCGGUACUGCCUGGCGUCCCGCGUGAUGGCGGCGCUGAUACAGCGACAGCCGCUGCCGCGGCCCUUCCAGGACGAGGUGGCCAAGAAGAUCCGUGAGCUGAGCGGAGAGGAGGCCACUGAUUCUCGACACGUGGAUCACGGCGUGUUUACCGAGGACCGCGACCAGCAGCUUCUACACUGGAUACACAGGCGGCCGGACGACUGGACGCUGUCCUGGGGCAGCUCGGGCGUCAUUUACGCCUGGGGCCACAACCACCGCGGCCAGCUGGGCGGUCUGGACGGCGCCAAGGUCAAACAGCCCACGCCCUGUGAGGCGUUCUCGCUGCUGAAACCCGCCCAGUUGAUCGGAGGGGAGCAGACUCUGUUCGCUGUCACCUCUGAUGGAAAGGUGCUGGCCACGGGUUACGGCGCCGGCGGCCGGCUGGGUAUCGGCGGCACCGACUGCGUCUCCACGCCCACUCUGCUGGAGAGCCUGCAGCACGUCUUCAUCAAAAAGGUGGCAGUGAACAGCGGCGGCAAACACUGCCUGGCGCUGACGUCCGAGGGAGAGGUCUACAGCUGGGGGGAGGGAGACGACGGAAAACUCGGACACGGAAACAAAAGCUCGUGCGAGCGUCCCCGUCUGAUCGAAGCUCUGCGCGACAAGCGUGUGGUGCAGGUGGCCUGCGGCGGCUCGCACUCGGCCUGCGUCACUGCCGAGGGCCACCUGUACACCUGGGGUCGAGGGCGGUACGGUCGGCUCGGCCACGGCGACUCGGACGACCAGAGCCGACCCAAACUGGUCGAGACGCUCGUCGGGUGGAGGGUAGUGGACGUGGCCUGCGGCUCCGGUGACGCGCAGACCCUCUGUAUCACCGACGACGACAACGUGUGGAGCUGGGGAGACGGCGACUACGGCAAGCUGGGCCGCGGCGGCUCCGAGGGCUGCAAGCUGCCGCUGAAGAUCGAGUCGCUCUCGGGUCUGGGCGUGGUGCGCGUCGAGUGCGGCUCGCAGUUCUCGGCGGCGCUCACUCGCUCCGGCAGCGUGUACACUUGGGGUAAGGGUGACUACCACCGGCUGGGUCACGGCCUGGACGAGCACGUUCGCCGUCCAAAGAAGGUGGCCGCCCUGCAGGGGAAGAGGAUCAUCUGUAUCGCCGUCGGCUCGCUGCACUGCGUGGCGUGCUCGCAGGAGGGCGAGGUGUUCACCUGGGGCGAUAACGACGAGGGCCAGCUGGGAGACGGCACCACCAACGCCAUCCAGCGGCCGCGACUCGUAGCUGCGCUGUCGGGUAAGAAGAUAAACCGGGUGGCCUGCGGCUCGGCCCACACUCUGGCCUGGAGCACCAACGUCUCAUCAAACACUGGGAAACUUCCCAAACAGAUCCCUCUGGAGUUUGACCACCUGCGCGAGCUGCCGGUGGCCGUGCUCCGUAACCGACUGGUGGUGCUGCACCACUUCAGCGACCUCUUCUGUCCGCUGGUGCCGCUGUUCCACCUGAGCGCGCCCCAGCUGAGGACGCUCGUCGUGCCGGCGGUGAAGGAGGCCGCCUUCAGAAAGGUGGUGCAGGCCACGAUGAUCCGUGACCGGCAGCACGGGCCGGUGGUGGAGCUGAACCGAAUGCAGGUGCGCCGCUCGCGCUCGCGGCCGGCCGCCACCGCCGCCGCCACCUCCGGCCACAAGACGGUGUUCUCCCAGAUGGCCUCCAAGAUGGGACUGCUGGGCGCCGAGGCGCUCCUACUCCCGCACAGGGUGUGGAAAGUGAAAUUUGUCGGCGAGAGCGUGGACGACUGCGGCGGCGGGUACAGCGAGAGCAUCGCCGAGAUGUGCGACGAACUGUCUGCGGGCAGUCCGCCGCUGCUCAUCAUUACUCCCAACGGGCGCGGCGAGGCGGGCGCCAACCGGGACUGUCACCUGCUCAACCCGGCGGCUCGCUCCCAGCAGUACAGACAUCUGUUUACAUUCCUAGGCCUUCUGAUGGGUAUCGCGGUGCGCACUGGCUCUCCGCUGAGUCUGAACCUGGCUGAGCCGGUCUGGAAGCAGCUGGUGGGUCUGCAGCUCUCGCCGUCUGACCUGGCCGAGGUGGACCGCGACUACCUGCCCGGCCUGCUCUGUCUGCGCGACGACCCGGCGCUGGCCUCCCUGGAGCUACCGUUCAGCACUCCGUCAGCGGCCGGACACGAGGUGCUGCUCAGUGGUACAUACCGGCGCGUCACUGACGAUAACAAGACAGAGUACAUCCGCGCGGCGCUCAACUAUAGACUACACGAAGCAGACGCGAUGGUGGCGGCCGUCCGCGAGGGUAUGAGUCGCGUCAUCCCCGUACCCCUACUGGAGCUGUUUACUGGCGCAGAGCUGGAGACGAUGGUGUGCGGCUCGCCAGACAUUCCCAUCAAACUGCUCAUGGCCGUCGCCACGUACAAAGGCGUGGACGCGUGCUCGCCGCUGGUGGCCUGGUUCUGGGAGGUGAUGCAGGAGCUCAGCACCCUGGAGCGCUCGCUGUUCCUGCGCUUCGUGUGGGGCCGCACGCGGCUGCCGCGCACCAUCGCCGACUUCCGUGGCCGCGACUUUGUGCUGCAGGUGCUGGACAAGUACCAGCCGGCCGACCACUUUCUGCCCGAGAGCUACACCUGCUUCUUCCUGCUCAAAAUGCCCAGAUACUCGUGCAAGGCUGUGCUCCGCGAGAAGUUGCUGUACGCCAUUCACUUCUGCAAGUCGAUCGACACGGACGACUAUGCGCGCGUGGCCAUGACGGCCCAGCAGGCUGAAGAGGAGGACACUACCACGGAGACCAGCAGUGAGCUGAACGACGGAAGCUACAGCGACUUCUCGGCGUAUCCGCUGGACGGCUGAUCUCCGGGGGUGUCACACUCACGACGCGGCGCGUCCGACGACAGCGGCUCGCCCUCCGAGGACAGCGGCGUCACUCCAGAGGACAGGAGGAGCUCGAGCGAGGACAGUGUCUCUCACGAGGACAACAAUGUCUCUGAAGACAACAAUGUCUCCGAAGACAACAAUGUCUCUGAGGACAGCAGUGCCGGGGACGGCAGGUUUCCAGAGGACAGCAAUGUCUCUGAAGACAACAUUGUCUCUGAGGUCACCGGUGUCGCUCCCGAGAACAGCAGGAUCUCUUCAGAAAACAACAGUGUCUCUCAAGAGGAUGCUAGUGUCUCUGAGGACACCAGUGUCUCCCAAGAGUACAACAAUGUGUCUGAGGACAACAGUGUCUCUGAAGGCAGCAUUGUCUCUGAGGACACCGGUGUCUCUCAAGAGGACGCCAGUGUCUCUCCCGAGGAAAGGGGGAGCUCAAGCGAGAACAGCAAUGUCUCUCAAGGGAACACUACUGCGAACUCCACGGACUCGAGCGUCACUGAGUCUGGGGAAUCGCUGGACUCCUCCGACUCCAGCUGGGCGUCACAGGACUCGGAGAACGCCCCCGAGUCCGGUGGAUCGUGGGACUCCUCCACUGCCGGGGACUCCGGGGCGUCCUCCGACUUCUCGCUGUAAGUGACGACGCACUAUCCGCUGUCCUCGGGCUGCCAGGUAAAGGUUCGGUAAGGGUUCGACUGGGGACGGUCUCUGGACACACCGGACGCCCCCACAGACGACCGACCCAGGGAACGGGAGGACGCGCCGCAAGGACGGGCUGAGGACCGCUAUCCUCACGGAGUCGCACUCCUCAGUCGGCACCCCUCGGGGAAGGGUUUCUUUCUCUAGUCAGCAGUUUUGCGAUCCUCGCCGCCGCUUUUCGUCGCAAUGUCCUGGCUUGUAGCCGCAGAUGAGGACCACGCGGUCAGGCGCUGUUAGCCAGUCAGGGUGUUACGUAGAAGCCUGUGCAAGCGGUUCGCUCUACCCCGCAGCUGGCUUCGCCCUGUGAGCAAACGCAGCUCAUUAUUAUACUCUAGAUCCGGCUCUGUCGGUCGGCGUAUGGAGGGUAGGUACUCUGGUUUAGCCUGGUCACGGCUGGCCACUGGUCGUGUAAGACUCAAUUUGUUUCCGGCGUGUCGCCUGUGGAGUGUGGAUGUUGUCGCUUAUUUAUCAAUGUUUGUUGCCUGCGUGCCCUGCAGCGCGGGCGGCGCCCGUACAGGGGCGGGCCCCGAGCGAGGGGGAGCGCGUGCCGCCCGUGUCUGCGUGGUUCAGCUCCCGUCGCCACUGCCGCCGCCGCCACCGCCCAGCCACGCUUAUCGCAGUGUUGUGGCCACAAUGUGAUAACUGGACAAUACACAGAACGUCUCCGCUGA